AUCAUGAGUAUAGGAGACUCAAGUUUACACCCCGUGUGUGUUCUGGGUGGAGGGAGAUUUGGACAUGUCUAUCUUUGUAAGUCCAUAUUAAAUGGUGUCCUGGAAUAUGUUUGUGUAAAACGCAUACAAGUUCGUCAGCCAAAGCUGGAAAUAAAAAUGAUGGAUGAGAUAUAUAUUAUUUCGCAAUUAAAACAUCCAAACAUUGUAAGAUUCAUCCGGGCUUUUGUCUUCGAGAGCAGUAUAAAUAUUGUAAUGGAGUAUGCCUCAAAUGGUACUGUGCGUGAUGCAAUAAAUAAUAAUAUUAAUCUGCGCCCUUCUAUUUCUAAAAGGUUCUUUAAUUCACUUGUAUUUGGAAUUAUAUUGGGGCUCGAGUAUUUACACAUUCGGCAUAUAAUUCAUAGAGAUCUUAAACCUGAAAAUAUUCUUUUAGCCGGUGGAAAUAAAAUUAAGAUAGCGGAUUUCGGUAUUUCAACAAUACACAGUAGCAAUAAACCAACACAUAGUCCCGUUGGCACAUAUCUUUAUAUGGCACCAGAAGUAAUGCUGGGAGAAAAACAUGGAUUUAAGUCAGAUAUUUGGGCAUUAGGAUGUAUAUUAUAUGAAAUGUGCAAUGGAGAGAGCCCAUUCAAAAACGCAAAAAAUUUAUUUGAUCUAAAGUAUUUGAUACAGAGCAGUGCAAAAUAUGGAAUUAACACAUGUUCGAUAAGUACUUAUUACGGAGAUGAGUGGGCCUGCCUUUGUGAAAAAAUGAUGAAUGUUAAUCCUAAUAAGCGUAUAUCAAUUUUCAGUAUAGUGACCCAUGAUCCAAAAGUCGCAAUAUCAUUUUAUAACAAUUAUUUUAAAUACAGUAACUUUACUAUUUGAAUAAAAGCUGUAAUAACCCAUCGUUUUAUAUGUUUUCCGUUUUCCAAAUAAAACUCACUUUUUUACCUCUUCAA